AUGACACCUGAAUGCGGCACGUCCAUACUUACGUCCACGUAUUGGAUGCCAGAAUGCACUGAAGAAGUGUUUUUGACAUCAUGGAAGCCGAUAUGUAUACCCUUCAGCGGAUCAACGGUCAUGCCGCCGCGUUUGCGCGUCGAGAGGGUGCGCAUAUCGGCUUCGCGACGAUUGUUUGACAUGGUGAUGCGGCACUGUCUGCGCAGCGGUGAUAAGAUGUUAAAUUUCAACGGGCUUUAUUCCGCCGCCGCUAGUUACACUACACGUUUAACCAUUAACGGCGUAAACAUAUAUACCAACAAAUACAUUGAGCCACUGGCUCUGUUGCAGAUUGUCUUAGCAGUGUACGCUAUCGCUUACAGGGAGCGGUACGCUACUGGCAAGGUCUUGCAGGCGUAUGUGCAGCAGGAGAAAGACCUGCGUGCAAGGGAGUAUGUUCAUACUUCAGAUUUUCUGGAGUACUUGUUUUGCUUCCAGGCGAGGGCGGCCUUGGAGUGCAUGUCGACGUACGAGUGUACAACGCGAGAGUAUGCGUCAGCGACGCUUAGAACGCGUGUUGACCUUGGGCUAAGAUACUUAGAGCAGCGGGAGCUUGGUUCGUGUUUCAUCAACAGAAGCGGUGUGAAGUUGGCACAGAUUCUGGUCGAGUGCGACGAGGUGGUGCAGAUUAUGACAGGGGAGCGGCUGAAGGUUUUGGAUCUCGGUGCGGCACCUGGCGGAUUUAGUUCUGUCAUACUGAGGGCGAGACCUUCUGCGGACAUCACAGCUGUGACUGUAAACUGUGACAUAAAACUGGACCCACGUCUCCAGGGUAAGGAUCGAAAUACAAUAACAAGUAUCGAGUCUGAGAACGAAGAGACGCAAAACGAAACGGUUACUUCGCCAGUUACUACGCCCAACAAAACUAUUAACACCGAUGAACAGCAGCAGCAGGAAGAUCGCUCACCAGCUAUUAGUGAACCAAAUUUUACACCACCUGCUGAUCCGAAUCCAUAUCCCCCGUCAACUGCACAAUUCACUCGUUCCGGCAACCGCAAUCGCAAAGCAACCGUUGCAACUGCACACAAUCGCCGUCGUAUAGUGCCACAAUCCCAGUCCUCUGCGUCAAGCGCAUUAAUGGAAUACAUUCUAAAAAAUAAAGAAAAUUCCAACACACAAGACAUUCAUCCUAUUGAUGCUUUCUUCAACGGUUUGGCAGCCACCAUAAAAUCUUUUUCCCCUUACUAUCAGCAUCUUGCAAAAGGAAGUAUAUUUGCAGUAGUACAAGAUUUGGAGUGGGAGCAAUUGUCAUCAGAGCCUUCUUCUUACACAUCUCCAAUGAGUGGAACAACGUCGGCGUCGUCUACUAAUUCAAGGUCGGUGUAUGCACCGGUUCCGAUGACUACACCAACGCCAACACCGGAAUCAACGCCUACGGAACCUACGCCUUCGGAACCUUCGCCUUCGGAAUUUACGCCUUUGGAAUCUAAUAAUUUGUCUACUUUAUUUUCAGAGUUCACAGCAGACUACUGA